CCUUGCGUGACGCAAAUAGACAGGGAUCAGCGCUAAACGAGGCCACGCAUAGUCUGCCCUCCCUUGGUUGCAAGCGAGCAACGUGAUUGGCCCAGGCCUCGGAAAGAGUGCCCGGGGAUCCAAAUGUACAGGCCGCAUUUAGCUUAGUGUCGAAAAAAUAUACUCACACAAUAACAGACAAAACCGAGAAAGAAGAAAUAACGACGAUAUAUUUGAAGGAGUCCAUAAUCAGGGUUCUCUCCCCCGAUGGAAGGAAGAAACACCAGCAACACACUGUUCUUAUUUUAGAGCACAUUGGCAUUAAAUGUGAAGAUCAAAGAGAUGGACCACGGUGGAGGGAUCCUGGAGCUACACACACAGGAGUUAAAGAUGCCUCACACCAUGAUCAUGCAAGACUUUGUGGCAGGAAUGAGGGGCCUGGCCCACAUCGAAGGGGAUCACAUUGUGGUGUCCAUGCCAGAGGGCAUGCUCCUGUCUGAUGUCAUGACGGACGAAGGCAUUCUGCUGGAGCACGGCCUGGAGGUGGAGGGCCUUGAGACGGAGGUGGAGGGCCUUGAGACGGAGGUGGAGGGCCUUGAGACGGAGGUGGAGGAGGGCUUUGAGACGGAGGUGGAGGAGGGCUUUGAGACGGAGGAGGGUCUUGAGACGGAGGAGGGUCUUGAGACGGAGGUGGAGGAGGGCCUUGAGACGGAGGUGGAAGAGGGCCUUGAGACGGAGGAGGGCCUUGAGACGGAGGUGGAGGAGGGCCUUGAGACGGAGGAGGUGGAGUGCCUGGAGACGGAGGGGGUGGAGUGCCUGGAGACGGAGGGGGUGGAGUGCCUGGAGACGGAGGGGGUGGAGGGCCUGGAGACGGAGGGGGUGGAGGGCCUGGAGACGAGGGGGUGGAGGGCCUGGAGACGGAGGGGGUGGAGGGCCUGGAGACGGAGGGGGUGGAGGGCCUGGAGACGGAGGGGGUGGAGGGCCUGGAGACGGAGGGGGUGGAGGGCCUGGAGACGGAGGGGGGUGGAGGGCCUGGAGACGGAGGGGACGGAGGUGGAGGGCCUGGAGACGGAGGGGGUGGAGGGCCUGGAGACGGAGGGGACGGAGGUGGAGGGCCUGAGGACGGAGGUGGAGGGCCUGGAGACGGAGGUGGUGGAGCUGGAGACGGAGAUGGUCGAGGGUCUCGAAGAAGACCUAGAGACGGAGGUGAUUGAAGGCCCUGACAUCGGCCACGAGCACUUGCUGGGUGCCGAAGUGGCUAUGGACUCUCACCACCUUCACCAUGUUCUAACCUCAGACCUCAUUCAGGGCUCAGUCCACCAUCACCACCACAUGCCAGACCAGCUCUUUGUGGAGCACCAAGAGGAGGAUGGGGUGGAGGGCUUGGACCAGGAGGUGCUGGUUGGGGAGGAGGUGGGGCAGGAGGAGACAGUGAUCCAGGCCCACGAGGAGGUGGAGGCUGUCUCUCUGCAGACUGAUGAGGAUGAGGAGGAUGUGAAGAGCACCUCGGAGGACUACCUCAUGAUCUCCUUGGAUGACGUUGGUGAGAAACUGGACAUAGGAGACACUCCUCUAGAGAUCACUACUGAGAUGAUGCAGGACGAUGGUUCCAACAAGGAGGGGUCAGAGGUCAUCAAGGUCUACAUUUUCAAAGCAGAAGCCGAUGACGAUGUGGAGAUAGAUGUGUCAGACAUGGCAGAGCAGGUGUACAUGGAGGUGAUUGUUGGAGAGGAGGAGACUUCAGUAGUCCAGGAGAACCAGCUAGAUGACUCUCCAAACAGCAAGAUGUUUGUCCCGGUCUCCUGGGCUGCUGCCUAUGAUAACAGUGUGGACACAGUGAAGAAUGGAGGGACCAGGCCCUACAUUCAGAUCAGAGACGGUCAGGGUACCAACAGAGCCCUCAAACAGAAGAUCAGGAAGAAGAAGAGGAAGGGAGAGACACGGCAGUGCCAGACCGCUGUGAUCAUCGGUCCAGACGGCAUGCCCCUGACCGUCUACCCCUGUCACAUCUGUGGUAAGAAGUUCAGGUCACAAGACUUCCUCAAGUGCCACAUGAAGAACCAUCCUGACCACCACCUUAAGAAGUACCAGUGUACCGACUGUGACUUCACCACCAACAAGAAGGUCAACUUCCACAACCACCUGGAGUCCCACAAGCUACUGGUUCAUCGCAGUGACAGAGACCGAACCUCUUCCCCAGAGUACCCGGACUACAACAGGACCACCCCAGAGUACCCAGAAUACAACAGGACCACCCCAGAGUACCCAGAAUACAACAGGACCUACACAGAGUACACCCGGCGUUACCACGAAGACAGCCAGCUAGGAUCUAACAAGCUGAUCCUGAGGGACAAGGAGUCCAAACUGCACCACUGUAAGUACUGUGACUAUGAGACUGCAGAGCAGGGGCUCCUCAACCGCCACCUAUUGGCCGUUCACAGCAGGAACUUCGCCCACGUGUGCGUGGAGUGCGCUAAAGGCUUCCGUCACCCGUCAGAGCUCAAGAAGCACAUGCGGACCCACACGGGGGAGAAGCCGUACUGCUGCCCGCACUGUGACUUUCGCUGUGCAGACCAGUCCAACCUAAAGACUCACAUCAAGAGCAAGCACGGUGCCGACCUGCCUUUUAAGUGUGGCCACUGCCCCCAGGCCUACGCUGACGAAGGGGAGCUGCAGCUGCACACGGAGAUGGUGCAGGGCCACAAGACCCACCAGUGUCCCCACUGCGAACACAAGAGCACCAACUCCUCUGAUCUAAAACGACACGUCAUAUCUGUUCACACUAAAGACUUCCCUCACCAGUGUGACGUGUGUGAGAAGGGCUUCCACCGGCCCUCUGAGCUGAAGAAACACUCAGAGACGCACAAGGGCAACAAGGUGCACCAGUGCAGGCACUGUAACUUCACGACCUCUGAACCUUUCACCCUCAGCAGACACAUCCUGUCCGUUCACACCAAGGACCUCCCCUUUAAGUGUAAACGCUGCCGACGAGGGUUCCGCCAGUCCACAGAGCUGAAGAAACACAUGAAGACCCACAGCGGGAGGAAGGUGUACCAGUGUCAGUACUGCGAGUACAACAGCCCGGACGCUUCAGGAUUCAAACGCCACGUGAUCUCGAUCCACACCAAGGAAUACCCCCACUGUUGUGACUACUGUUGUAAAGGCUUCCGAAGGCCCUCGGAGAAGAGCCAGCACAUAGCCAGGCAUCACAAAGAUAUGUUGAUGGAGCGUUGUGAAUACAGUGACGACACAACGUUACCCGGAUAGAAACAGACUGCGCACACUCGGUCUACGUAGACCUGAUUCACACGACAAAGGGGAACACGUUUAGGAAGUUGAUAAGGAUAGAAUGGUACAUUUAGACGGCUAGCGACGAUAACAUUCUGACUGACUGCUUCUCUUUUUCUACUGGUUGUAUAGAGUAGGAAUAGGUCUCACCAGACCCCCCCAUUCCCUCUCCCCCAGGUGUAAUCAAACUAAGCAUAUUGUGGAAGUUGGGAGAAGAUUAAAACCAGGGUACAUGUAGUCUUUAUGUAUGUGUUUAUCUGCAGAGAGAGGAUUCACCAUAUGAUGAACAUUUAUUCAGGGUCUCAAAUGAGGUCUAUUUUUUAUACAUGUUGAAACUGAGGUGGGGAAAAGACAGACGGUAUUUGAGAACAUUCAGGCCUCUCUCUCUGUGUUUCUCUCUGUGUUUCUCUCUCUCUCUCUCUGUGUUUCUCUCUCUCUGUUUCUCUGUUUCUCUCUCUCUCUCUGUUUCUCUCUCUGUGUUUCUCUCUGUGUUUCUCUCUCUCUCUGUUUCUCUCUCUCUCUCUGUUUCUCUCUCUCUCUGUUUCUCUCUCACCAGACUGUAUCAAACUAGUACAUACAGGAGAGCUGCAUCGCUCUUCUCUCCACUCUACCGACUAGUAUCUCCAAACCUGGGUUCAAAUCGUUUAUCAAUUAUUUCUUAUACGUUUUAGCGUUUGCUUUAUCCUGCCUACAAGGGGUUUGGACUUUUGCAAAUCUGUUGGUUCCAUUGUGCCAGGUAAGCCCAACUAAAGUAUGUAUUUGAAAUAGUUUUUGAACCCAGGUCUAAGUAUCCUCCCAAUAACCUGCUUUUUACCAUAAUCCUGUUGGUUUUAAAGGCAAUCUGAAUCACAAUCAUGUAGUUUAUUAUGAAUCUGAGUAACAUGAGUGGCCCGUUUGGCUGGUCCACCUGUGACGUCAGAGUGGAACAAUGUUUACACAAGCACCUUAACCUAUGAGCUACGAAACCAACUCAUUUUUUUUGUUGAAACAAACAACUUUUGUUUUGUUUCUUAACAGUGCCGACUAUUAUUAAUUAAACUUGAAUGUUUUAAUGUCAUGUUAGGUGGACAGAUGGUUCCGUUCUGUGCAUUUUGGUAAAAACUCCAGCAGUUGUCACUGCAGUUUUUUUUUGUGUUUUUUUUUUGACCUUGUUGUGAAUGCCACUGUAAGAUUUGUAUAUGAUGUGUACGUGUCAUCACACAGAACACAGAUGUGGUCAAACAAGCCGACCAUCCGAUGGUCAGGACUUAUAUGUUCUGUUUCUCCUCAUGCACUGAGCUCUGAUAAAAACAGACAUCUGAAAACUAAAGUGAUUUUAAGUCUCAAACGUACGCCGUUGUGUAAAGUACCAUUCUCUAAGAGAUUGUGUGUCUGUUUGAGUCGGUAGAAAGCACUUUAUCAUUUUGUUCAUUUUUACAUGUAUGCAAAGGGUGUAUCAUUUAUAUUCCCUGAAUAUAACAGACAAUAUGAGUGGUGGAGAGAGAGUUUGGGGUAUAUCAGGACCUUGUAUAGUUGGGACGGUAGCGACCGGUAUUCAUAUUAAAUGUAUUGUCAAUAGAGAGACAGCCGAACUGUUUUGUAUUGAUAGCUCAUAGGUAAAUGGUUGGUCUUUCUGGUAAGAGUUCUGCUCACUGGUAUCCAGCAACCCCACAGUGACUGGGCUACACUCACCUUGAAUACAAUGGUUGAGAGAUUGGCAUUGAAUUCUUACAGUAUGCACAUAAUAUGCUGUCCAUGGAGUUUAAUUGUGGUUAAAAAUGUAUGCAUUUUCUUGUUUGAUUGUUCAGAAACUACUGUUGAGGAGUAACCGAAAUAAACAGUUAUCUUUUUA